GCGGUGCGGGCGAUCGCCAAAGGAGAGAGUCAUCAAAGGAAAUCCCCCGCCGACAGGGAAAAGCCCCCGUAACAUCCCAAUUAUUCUUCAUCAAUCCAGAAUGACAACUAAUCUAAAAGCCCGGUAGUACCUCCAAUUUAAUUUAAAAUGAAUUAAUCUUCCUGUUCUCGUUUAAUCCCAACUUUGACAAGUUGUUUGAAAAUGGAACGGGUAACGAGUCUCUCUGAAGGAGACACUCGGGAGUUUGAUUAAAAUCCAAAGUGUCGGAGACAAGAGUUGGGUGGGGGAUUGAGAUGGAAUAGGGAAUUUAAUAUGAGGAACAAUCGUUCGUGGAGUGUAAAUCCGGGGUAGAGUCCUUGGCAAAUGUCAGGAAAACUUUCAGUCAUUAAUUUGGGGGCGGGUUGAUAAACGUCAUUCGCGCGUAUGCCUGUGUUAAUCGUGAGUUAAUGCUGAUGCAGCAGGUGAAAGCGUUCGUUUAAUUACCGUAUAUUCAGUGGUUAUAAUAGUAAUAACUAGUUGCAACCGUAAUGCCAACGCCGGGAGCUGCUAGUGAUGGCUCGAGCUUGAGUGGCACUCUCCCUCCUUUGUAGGAUUAUUCGCCUCCCCCACUCUCGUGCAAUGAGAUGUGAAUUACGUGAAUUGAUACUAAUUGCACAAGCAAUUGGUUCUAUUAAUGCCGAUGACGUACCAGUGACUGUAUUGUCCAUGCACGAGUAUCGGACUCGGGUACUGUGGGAUGAUGUGUUACGACGGCACGCGCCGAGAUAAUAUGCUCUUCAAUUGUUGUACCUAUCUCUGGUUCAUAUGCCUCGGGGAGGGGUAUUGAGAACAGUGAAGGAUAAUGACGCAGUCCCCGACACCCUCAACCAGCAGAGUACACGAUGACAAAUCUAUUGGAUUGCAGAUACAGGAGAUCAACAGUCAAGUGGCGCAAUUUCGGGACCUUCUGAUCAACAUUGGACAGACGAGAGAUGGUCCCGAGUUGCGUGAACGUGUACGAAAACUCCGGAGAAACUGUGUCGAAGCUUGCAAGAGCACUUCCCAGCUGGUGCUACCGCAAAUGCGAAGUGCAAUGGACCUCGGGAUACCGGCGGACAGUCCGAACCUGGUGCUGCUGUUCUUCGUGUCACAAUUGUUCCUGAGGGAGCUCCACAAGUGCAAAAAUCUGGUUCGCAUUGUGCCGAUGGAUAUGUCUGGAUAUUAUGCGAGUAAAUCUGGACCUUCAAACAUUGGUAACGUUAUAUCAUCGAUUCUCCUCUGCAAGCCGAUUACCCCGAAUUUCAACGAGGAGGAACUCUGCAGUAUACGCAAGGACUCGGCUGAGAUAAGCGCUCUUGUCGCCGAACUCCAAGAAUUCAUGCCACAAUCCGAGGCUGACAUAGAGAAAACAAUAGCACUGCAAGACACGUGCGUCACGGGUGCGAAGAACAAUGGGGCCCGAAAGGCCAACAGAUGGGACACUAGACCCGGAAAUCCAAAUUACUUCAGUGGACGCUUCAGAUUCCUCUGCUGCACCUCAAGGCCUAACUACGUUUGAGCCUGCGAGGCGAAUGUCAAAAAUAUGUUGUUACGGUGGAGAAAAAUGAGUCAUUUUCCGUAGCAGGCGAUUCUCGAUGGACAUUAUAAAACAUCUAUUUUUUAUUUCGGAGAAUAAAGAAUACGAGCAAUGAAGGACGUCUGCAUUACGAUGUCACGUCAGAAAGCUCAAAUCAUUGUGAUGUCACGGAUUUUUUAAAUGCUUUUAGGAUGAUUAAUUGAUUGGAGGAAGGAAGAAUUUUCGUCGAUGGGGUCAUCAUCGAGAAUUAAUCAUCGUUAAAGUGCUGACGAUCAUUCGGGUCAAUCUGAUGCUAUCAAGCCAACAUGAAAAACUUAUUUCUUUGUGGAACACGAUAAAAGCCAAAAAAGUUCUUCAUGACAGGUCCAUCAUUUGCCGGAUAGAUCUUUUUUUUUUCAUUUCCUAUUGUAGUAUUUCUCAACAAUAUCCGUUUUUGCGGGCGCUUUUUCAUCAAAAAAUCAAUGCAAGUUGACUGGACUCACUUAAUUCCACCGCUUUACCACCGAAAUAAGAAGAAAUGCCACUGAAAAUGUCAAACUGGCCUGCGAAAAUCACUUAUCUUAUACAUAUAAAAAUAAAAAUGUCAAUGACUUGUGUCAUCACGAAUGAAUUUCCCAGAGUCUAGGGCACUUGAAUAUAACUUAACGGUGAUACGUAGUUAACGAAUAGAGUAUAUUUCUUCAAUGAAUCCUCGAGACAUUUGUUAGUGAAUGUGAAGCGAUGCUGAAUAGAAUGUUAAUGGUAUACGAGCAUCUCGCAUUGGUAUUGUGAGAUGUGACGUUAUUGCCAGCGCCUGAAAAGCGACAAGAGCGAGUGUUGUUGAUGGGAAUGAUAUCGGUGGCAGCAGGAGGCAUGUCGAGACGAAUAAUGCAUGAAUGCGUAACAUGAUCAUCUGGGCGAAAUGAAAUUUCCAUUUUUAAGACCAUUCAGGGACCCUUCUCAGACAGGUGGAGAAAAUGUAGUUAAAACUGAAGAUAUUACAGGAUUUUUGUUCUAUUCGUUAUGCCAAUUAGAGUAUUGUUACUUCGUAUUGGAUGGAGUAUGGAAUAUUAUCUUCACGCGAAGAACGCAUUCGAUUGAUUAUCAAACAGAUGAGUAGAAAAUUGGAGAAUUAUUACACUUCCACAACUUGGGUCCAAUGUUUACAUUCGUUUAUUCUUUACCACGUGUAUAUUGAUUAACGAGUUAUUUAUAUUUCAAGCGAACAGUUCAUUGAUGAGUGAGGGAAGGUGAACUAGUGAUGGUAUGAGCGAAUUAUUAGAUAACGUAGCCUUAGGAAAAAUUGAAUUCAUUCAUGCGGGUCAAUGUAGAGUAAUUCAAUGCUUCUAAACUCAGUGAAGAAAAAAAAAUACAAGAAAUGAAGUCAAUAUUACGUUAGAGCAUAUCGAGAAUUUGAGUAAUAUAUUGUGAAAAGGACCAAUCCUUAUACUAUAAGGGAAUUUCAGUUCGUCAUCCAUCAGUUCAGUACAGUGAGAUGAGAGAUGUAAUAAAUGUCCUUAUAUUAAUUAAUUAAUUUGUGCACAUUUUCCCGGGGUACAUGAAUAUUGCAUAAAAAUCAAUGGCAUACAAUCAAAUGUCGGUGGGGGAAAGACUAAUGAGUGACGUCGAGUGGUCAGAGUGGUUCCACUAUUGUUCCAAGUGUCAAUCAUGCUUUAAUCGAAGAAUACGAGAAAUGAUAUUUAUGAGUAAUAACAGAGAUAGUUCUGGUUACCUAUUUAGUGAAGAAUGUGAGUAAUUACUGGAAAUCAGUUACGAGAUUUUUGUCAAAAAGAUUAAUCAUAUGAACUUUCAAACGCAUUGAUGAUAAUUAUAUUUAAUUAA